GCUGGGGGGAGUAAAGAGAGUCAAAAAUCCCAGCAACUUUUCUUCUUCCCCGUCAGAGAGGCAGAGCUCUGUGUGAGUCUCAUCUGACAAAAACAAUCGUACAGAUUCAUUAGUUUCGUGGAUUUUAAUGUAGCAUCUAAAAAAAACACAUGAUGCCAAAUUUAGGACUGAAGAAGAAGGACAAUGCAUCCAGAGUGGACAGAUACAUGGACGACUUGCCGAAGCUGAGCAACGAGAGGCAGCUCAGCAUCAUGAACAAGGUGAAGAACGGAGAGUUGUCCAUCGAGGACGCUCUGAACCAGGCGAGGAGGGACCAGGAGCAGCUGCUCAAAGAGCGGAACCUGGGCGAAGAGAAACAGAAACCGUCACAGUACAACUUCAGUGUUCACAAGCACGGACGGUACAGGUGGCAGAAGCGGGUUCUUCAGAUUGAUUUCAACACCAAGAUGCUGUGCAGCAUAGAGAAAGGUAUCGUCAAGCGACAACUUCCCUUCUCCGUCGUCAAGAGCUGUGACGACGGCGUCGGCUCCAGGUUUUCCCUUUCCUUUAAGGGACAUCAUGAUUACGAGUUGGAGGCCACAUCGCUGGAGGAAAAACACAAGAUGAUGCAGCUCGUGAAUCGGAUCAUCUAUGGGAACAUAUACAGCGAUAACGAGGAGGGAAAUGCAGAAGCUCAUCAGCAGCCUCAGGCAGCGCUGAGCCUCCGGGAAGGCGUCUUGUUGCUGCACAGAGGAGGCCUGGCGUCUUUCAGAUGGGUGAAAUAUGAGGUCCAGCUUCACCCGGGGCAGCUCACACUCGUCCCCCUCAGGUGUCGAGGCCCCGCAGACGGCGAGGUGACGCCCGCUGUACCCGUGUCCACAGUGAUCCACCUGUCAGACGGUGACACCAGCGUACAGAAACCUUCCAGCCUGGACGCCUUCACCCUGAUCACCCACAAAAAUGAAUACCAAUUCAAAGUGCCUGUGUCGGAUCACACCGGCGCCCGAGGAGCAGUCCAGAGCGAGCGAGAUGCUUGGGUCAGUGCCAUCGACAAACUCUGUGCAGACUGGAAGAGGAAGUCCAAGGGCGAACACAUGUUUGUGGAAACAUCGAUUCUACGAAACAUCAGCAUCGCCGAGGACACAGAGGACACAGAGGACACAUAUACAGAUGUGGAGCCUGUGAUUUAUCCUCCAGUUGAGUAUUCUAAAGAUCCCACGUCCAUCAGCGGAGAUCAAUCAGCUGGUCCUUCGAAGGCUAAUCCUGAAUCCUGCGUCACAGGAAAAGCUGCUGCUCCAGUCGUUGGACCGGACCCUUUACCUCAGGUCCCGUCACUGACCUCACCCUUACGUUCACCUGCCUCCCCUCAGCCCCCCCACUCUCCCCUCACACCCUCCCCCACAGGGUCAGAGUCUCCGAAAAAGGAAUCAGGCUCGACAGAUGAGAAGGGGCCUUCACCUCCGAGCAUCCCGGCCCCUCCACCUUUACCCUUCUUAACUAAAAUCUUUUCAAGAAAACCUCUCACCAAGGCGUUCCACUGGGACCUGGUGGGCCCAGACAAGGUUGGAAAAUCUUUUUGGACAGAAGGAAAGAACACGAGGGUUGUAAUCGACACAUCGCGCUUAUACGAGCAAUUUGCCGUCAAACAUCUGGGAACGUUUGAGGCGGCCGAGCACAGUAACACCCAGGACAUCAUGCUGAACCAGAAGAUCGCACACAACUUCAACAUUUUCCUCAAAAGUUUUCCAGUGCAGCCGGGAGAGUUGAAGGACAAACUGUUCAUUGUUAACGAGAGAGACGGAGGCCUGUCUGACGGGCACAUCACCUCUCUGCGGAGGUACGUCCCCACAAUGGAUGACGUGGAGAUGUACAAGUCCCACAAGGGGCCUGUGGCGGAGCUGCACAUCGUGGACCAGUACAUGAUGGAGAUGUGCAACAUCCCCUACCUGAGCAAACAGCUGGACCUGCUGCUGACUCUGAGGGAGCUCCCGAUCAGCAUGAGCGACCUGCAGCCCCUGAUUAACCAGAAGAUCAGAAUGUGCAUGCAGCUGUGCCACAGCAGGUCAUUUGUGUCCGUGCUGGAGUACAUCCUCGCCAUUGGCAAUUACCUCAACGAGAACGCCGGAAAGGAAAAGGCCAAGGGAUUCCGCCUCGCCUCCUUAACUAAACUCUCCCAGCUCCGCGGGAGAGACAAGACGUUCACCUUGCUCCAUGCCCUUGUGGAGCAGAUCAUGUUGCAUGAACCGGGACUGGCCACUUUUACCCAAGACUUGGCAGAAUUUGAAACUGUCCCUGGAGCGUCCAUCAAAGGCCUGACCGCAGAAGUAGAUGUCCUGAAGAACGAACUGCAGAAACUCAUCCAGUACAGAAAAACUUCCAAGAAGACAAAUGCUGGAGCUCAUCAGCCAAACUUCGCCAAAGACCUGAAGACAGCUAUUGAGACGUACGACUCGGCUCUCGCUGCGCUGACCAAGACGUGUGAGGAGAUGAAGGAACUCUACUCUGUCAUACUGGUGAAGUUCGGAGAACCGCCGGAUAAAGACUCUCAGGAGCUCUUCGGCUUGAUCUGUCAAUUCAUCCACGACUUCAAGAGGGCGCACUCUGAAACCUCAUGAGUUUAUUCUGUGCGAAGUACUUAUCGGUGACCAGUGAGACCACGGUGCUCCAUUAAGCAAGGUACAAGUUCAAAAAGAACAAGAACGCUAGAUAUUAAAUAUGAUAAUGGAGGAAAUUGUUGUUUGGAUUUAUAUUUUUAAUGGUUUUUACCUGUUUUGUUGUACAAAUACUUUAUAAUUGUGAUUCAUUGUAUUGUGUAUAGUGAUGCCAAUGAGAACUGAAAUCAUAAAAGUGAUGUGUGUUGUGAGAUUUGUUUGAUUUGCUUUAACUUCACAUUUACUCUGAGACAAAUCACCAGUGGAGGAUUUGAAACCUUGGCUCUGAGAAGCCCACGGACGCUCUGCUGGCAGAGGCACAAAACAGAGGAGACUUCAGAGGCCAGAUGAGGCUGGUGUACAUCGGGUGUGUGAUUAUUCUGAAUGUGUAAUUGGGCCGUGGUCAGGGACGUUUCCUCGCCCCGGCGCCGCAGGAGCAGCUCCAAGGCUGCGUCUGACUCAGGACCACAGCUGCACCGUGUCCGUGACCCGACGAGCAGCUCUUUGAAAAGCCAGAGCGGAAUCUCAGCGCUGGUUACAACUGACUGAUGUUGUUACGCAGCUUCUGUGUGUGUGUGUGUGUGUCUGACAUUUUAAUCGUCUCUCGGUGAAAACACUGUUUGUGGUUCUAAUCGUGUGGUGUUGAAGUAAAGAACACUAUUGAUUUUAAUUAAAACUUUUCAUCUGGGGACACUGGUGACUCAUUAGCAGGAAAAAAACUGUUUCAUGAAACUCAAUUAUUCCUUUUCACAUAAU